AUGAUCAAUCCCGUUCUAUUUUCGGGGCGGCGAAACACGUAUUGCAGCGACGCCAGAAAGAACCCGGCUACUGCCUACGAGUUUCGGGUCCCUCGCAUCAUCGCCAAGUUCCAACACCAACAAAGCACAAGCGCAAAGCGCCAAAACAUCCACCUCAGCUUUCUGUGCAUCCACCUCGCCCCGUCCACCUUUCUCUUGUUGCUAUUGUCUGCUAAGGAGAUACUGGCAUACUGCUACAUGCUUGCUUGCGCCGCCGCCUACGGAGACCUUUACCGCACCGCCGCUGCGCCAUCGACAAUCAGCGAACGAGAAACAGAACCACCCGCAAAGGAACACUUCCAAUUCGCUCAACUCACGGCCCAUCUCCUUUUCACACUAUUUACCGGCACCAUUUCGCUGGCUGGCUGCUUUUGCUACCUUACUUACCGUACGGAUACCUUACUCUCUGCGUCGCUUCUUUUAUUUUGCUCGCCCAACUCUCUUCGCGCAUUCAUUUUCGCACCAUUCUCUCGCGCGAUAUCGAGGCUUUCGUUAGUUCUCGAUUCUUCUGCGUCGCUGUCUUCGCUGCGCGACCGUCGCAAUCCCAUCCCUUUGUCGCCGACUCGUCUGCUUCGGUCUCCGGCUCUCUCUCUUGCCUCUGGCCUUCCUGACCGGAAGCCCGACCACAUCAUCACGCACCACUCGCCCCCCCCCCCUGCCACCCCUUUUCGGGCCCCAUCAUCCAAGGCCAACCAACGCACCACACACCCGUCGCCUCGUCUUCACCCACGCCCAGAGCAGCCACACGCUUACACCCGACUCGUCCGUCUGGGGAAUCCACUGUUUACGUCAGCCCUCGUCGCCAGCUCGCAAGCUCAUUGCACGCACCUCAGCUUUUUGGCUCCUCUGCCUGCAUCAGCACCACGUCGCACGCUGCAGGUGCCUGGUCCGUCCGCCACUGCCACAUUGCACCUUCGUCAGGCUGUUGCCUUGCGCCUCAUCUCACGUUCGCAUAAAGUCAGAACCGCGCUUAUGUUCCGAUCACUCUGGAGCAGCGAGCGGGGAAGCGAAACGACGAUCAGUCACAUUCAACCUAUGCCAUCAUUCGCGCAAAAGCAUCAGUUCAUUCUGCCGCAACCUGCGCAAACGGCAUCACUGGCGGGCCCGUCGUGCCCUCAAAAGAGGCGUCUGUCAAGCGUUGACGACUCACCUUCACCAGAUGCACUCAUCGCCACUGAGCAGCCCUUGAAGCGGGCCAAGCUGGAGAGCACCAACCUCGCCGUCUCUGACAUCCCUUCCAGUGUCGUCUCUGACGUACCAGCAUCCGCGUCUUUGCCUGUGCCUGUGCCUGCCGCUGUUCCAGCAGUGACUAACGACAUGGAGGACGCGCGCGACGCUAUCCAGUACCAAUUUGGUCUUGAGAUCUUGCUCAAGCACAAUGAGCUGAGACUAAUCAACCAAGAACUGGCAAAAUGUCAGGUUGCUCUCGAGCAACUCCGUCGCUGCCAUCUCAUUCCGUAUCCUACUGCCUGUCCCACUCCUGCGCAGAUGUUGGAUAUCAGCAACGGAAAGGGUCCAGCUCUGCAAAACCGUCCGGGAGAGCCUGUCCCCCAAUGGGCUGCGCCUUUUGGAGUUGUCGAUGGACCUUACGCUCGACACUACGCCAAGUGGCUCAUCCCCGAUCCCAAGUUUGAUGGCAUGCAACCUGAGUGGUACCCAGUGCUUGAGACUGCCCGUAGCAGAAGCUCAGUUGAGGGACGAACGACAAGGAACAGCAUGUCUGAUCUCGCCAGCGCAAACAAGAACCGCUCGACUCGGGGUAUUGGCAGCCAGAAGCUGCAGUCUCUCUCCAGCGGCUACCCUCAGCCAAAGGAGAAGGCCGGACCUUGUGUUCUCAAGCGCUCCGACGGCCAGACUGUGAAGCUCGUCUGCCUGGAUUGCAAUCGGGAGAACUUCAGCAGCACUCAGGGCUUCAUCAACCACUGCCGCAUCGCCCAUAGGCGAGACUUCAAGAGCCACGAAGAGGCGGCUGUUCAUUGCGGUCACCCCAUCGAGGUUAACGAAGGCGGCAGUCUUGUUGGAGAGGAAAAGGCUCCGCCUCCCCCAUCAACCGCCAUCGCGUCUGGUCUCGUCCAUCCUUUUGCCCAGACCGACAUGUCCACCCAACAGGCGUACGUUGCUUUGCGUUCUAGGAUCGCAGAUUCCCUCAAGUUGUAUCGUGAUGGCAAGCUGCCUGGCGUUACAAGCAUCCCUCAAAGUACUUCAAAGGCAGAGCCUGCGAGGUCCGCUGCGCCAAAGGCUGGAAACUUCGUCGCCUCGGCUGACACCCCCUUCCUUUCGCGACUCAUGCAGAGCAGAAACUUCACCGGCAACCUCAGUGACAUUGUCAGUGACGCCAAGGAGAAGAUGUCGCUUGAAGACCUCACAUCGCCAGGUGAGGAAUCGGAAGAUACCGAGACUGGUCUCGGCAGCCCGAAGAGCAAUGCUGGAUCAGCUGCUCGUAUGCCUGCCAUGCGCAUGCCUGCGAGAGCACCAAUGUCACCCGUCACUCUGACUUCGUCGACGAGACCAACAAGCAGCAAGGGAAGGUCGCCUUCUACAGGCUUUGCUUCGCCUCCCAUGAGCAGUCCCGAGAAGGACGACGGACCCACCAGGGUAGUAAUACACUCUGGUGAGGAUGUUGACAUGGAGGACGUUGACCUCAGCCCCAGCACAAUGGUCAGCAACAACGCACCUUCGCUUGUUAGCGACGAUGGCGAAUAUGAUGACUCCGAUGACGGGUCGUCCGAAUCAGGUGUCAGCGACCGCAUGGAUGCCGAGUCGGUGUCUGACGUUGCUGAGAUCACACUUGAUGAGGAUCACGAUGGACGCCCUCUUGGUCAUCACAGGGAGUCUAGCGGAGUCGGUUCCGGUACUGCGAUGCGUCUCAAGAAGGAUGAGAACAAGCAUGUCACUUUCGUUAGCCCUGUCCACGACAGCGCGAAGCGAGCCCGAAAAGUUUAG